AUGUUAAUACUAGAAUGCCACGAAGCUUUGGCCGAAGUAUCCAUCAACAAUGUGGUCAACUUAAGAUGGAUCAAAGAUCACGCCACAUCGAAAGGACGAUGUGGGGCUAACGAAAUUUUGAAUAAAUGUGCUUCACCAUGUGCAGUUGAACCAACUUGCCAUGACAGACAUCCAAUAAUAAGUGAAUCUUGUAAAGAAAAAUGUGUUAUAAAAUGUCAAUGUAAACCAGGAUAUGUUCAAAGGGAAACAGGCGGCCCAUGUAUCGAAAAUAAGAAAUGCCAAUGUGGUUGCAAUGAAACUAAUGGCUGUAGACCGUGCUGCGGGCAAGCUACAUGCCAAAACAAGAAUCCAUCAUGUGACUGGGUAUGUCCUUCACACUGUGUUGACGAGUGCGUAUGUAACGAGGGAUACAUAAGAAAUUCAACAAAUAAUGGUCAAUGCAUUCUAGAAGAAAACUGUUAGUUUAGUUAUUAUUUCUACAGAAUGGUAUUUUUGUAAACAAAUAAAAAUAAUUUGUCAUGAAAUGUUAUAAAAUAAUUUUAUUUAUACGAAAAUUUUACAUAAAAGUUUUGGGUGAUAAUCUUAAUAAUAGCGUAUGUGUAGAGAAACACUGGCGAUUUUAAUUUUAUUUGGGA